GCUUACCUUUGUACCACCACCACCACCAAUCUACAUGCCGCAAGGAAAAUUUCUAUGGACUGCAAGAUAUGCGAGCUGAAGCAGCGACAGUUCUAUUGCGAGAAUUGCCUCAAGACGCACAUCCGUGACUUUUGCAUCCAAACGCAACAUUUCGCUGCCGACCGCGAUGAACAGGUGGCGAAGUCAUCUAGGGCCCUCGAUGGUUUCAAUGCUUCUCGACUCCGCCGUGCAAACAUCUCCAGCAUCCAGAACCGUGUGGAUGAACUGAUGAACGUGCUUGCUAGACUGCGAAAGGAUAACGAGAAGAAGCGGGAUCGUCUUCGAACGCUGCGCCAAACGCUCGCUACGCGUCGACGGACACUAUCCGCUGCCAAAGUCCAACCACAGCCCAGCAUUGCACAUCAAGCUACCCGUAAAGCUCAAGAACUCAAAGCCUUGUCGGUUACCAUUGCCAAGGCUCGUUCUGGGCUCGUUCAAGAACUGGUCGAAGUUUUCAAUGUCGUAGAGGUGGGGGGCCGCCCGCCCAUAGGGGGAAAGGCUGGGACAAAGGGCGAAUGGACCAUCGGUGACCUCAUUCUACCAGUCCCAGGUGAUAUACGGCGUUAUCCACCUGACCAUAUAAAUGCCGUCAUCACCCACACGAUACAUUUCAUCUCGCUUCUUACUCUCUACCUCGGAGUCAAGCUCCCUUUUGAGAUCCAUUGGACAGGGAAUAAACUUGGCGUAGGACAGCCGUGGAUUGGUGCCGGUAAGGGGAGUGAACAUGGUGGCUGGGUGAAAUGGCACACUAAACAUCCCCUACAUCUCUCAUCGGCUACAUUGUCAACUACUCCCCCUCCUGGUACCAAGGGCAUACCCAUAACGUCAGAAUCCUACCUCGAGCCAGAUCCCGAACCACAAGCGUCGUUUACUACGGCCCUAGCUAUGCUCCUAUACAAUGUCUCCUACCUCGCCUACACCCAAAACGUCGAUGUCCCCCUCAACCAAGCAGGUGAUGUUCUGAGUAACCUGUGGAGUGUCUGUUGUAGCAGCGAGCUGGGAAAGAGAUCUCACGAGACGAACCCGUUUCUCCCACCGCCUACGUCAGCUGGGUUUGGCUUGGAUUUCAUGCAGCUCCUCCAGGCGACCACUGCGAAUCCUGCAUCGAGAGUGCGCGCACAUAAGGCGAGGAAGAGGGUCGAGAAGUUGCCAGAGAUGGACGAGGACGGAUGGGACAUCAUUGAAGACACAACGUGAUUAGGCAUUCUCGUUUCGUGUCUCUUCCGUGCUCCACUAUCGAUUCUCAGCUCCAUUAAUGACUGGUCCCCAAUCCUAUAGACCUGUCAGCGAGGUGAUGUGAGGACAGCGUGAACGAAAGUCUUCGCGGUAGGAUCUCAUCAGGACGUCGCAGCGGUCGGGCUGGUCAGGAUGGGUAAUUAUACUGUGUUUAUGGCAACACUUUUCCGGUCUGUAACUGCAUUGAGACCUUGAUGUACUUGACAAGGCAUCCUUUUACCGCGAGUCGUUCCUCUGCACCAGAUUUUGUUGAGUAGAUCGUUUAGUUUUCAAUCUGUAUACCGAUUAUUUUCCCGUCCUUCGACGAUGUCACUAUUUUUAUUCUUUUCUAUGAAACGAUUUCUGUUUGGACGGCCAA